AGAGACAGAUGGCUUGUGCCAUCAACCUUCUAUGGAUAAGACGAAGUUAUCAUCGAUGAAUAAUACCAGACUCAUCAACUAAAACUUGACCUUUUUCUUCUCAAGUUGCACCUUUUGUAAGGUUUCUUCAUUUAUGCAACUAUGGCGACCACCAAGAUAUAUAUAAUUUAUUAUUCUCUGCAUAAACAUGUGGAGUAUAUGGCUAGAGAAGUACAACGUGGAGCGAAUUCAGUCGAAGGAAUCGAAGCAACACUUUGGCAGGUACCAGAAACACUGCCUAGCCUGGUACUACAAAAGAUGAAGGCUCCUCCUAAACCAGAGGAUGUGCCGGUGAUUAAGCCAGAGCAGCUUACAGAAGCCGAUGGAUUCCUAUUUGGAUUUCCUUCUCGUUUUGGUGUGAUGGCGGCCCAAUGUAAAGCUUUCUUUGAUGCAACCAACGAGCUGUGGAAAACUCAAGCACUUGCUGGUAAACCGGCUGGGGUCUUUUGGAGCACAGGUUUUCAUGGUGGAGGCCAAGAACUUACAGCAUUAACAGCUAUAACACAAUUUGCACAUCAUGGGAUGUUAUUUGUACCUCUUGGAUACACAUUUGGGAGUGGAAUGUUUGAAAUAGAUGAAGUGAAGGGUGGAUCCUGUUAUGGUGCUGGAACAUAUGCAGGAGAUGGAACACGAAAGCCGACUGAAAUAGAGCUCCAACAAGCCUUUUAUCAAGGUAAAUAUGUUUCCGAAAUUACUAAAAAGCUUACCAGAAACUAGAACUCAGUUCAAAUAAUCAAAUCCAGGUUUCAAACAUUGUAUGAUCCUUGAAUAACAACAGAUUACUUCAUACUCAACAUUUGUGCGUGUGUGUGUGUAUAUAUAUAUAUAUAUCUAACACAAUAUGUAAAUUUGCAACCCUUGAUUGCAUGAACAGUUGCAUUUCCUGUACUUGUAUUGGUAUUACAAUGAGGUGGAUGAAUAGGGUGUGA